ACUCUCUUUUUCUCUCUCUUUCUCACAAAGAGAAAGACAGCGAGAGUUAUCGCUUAAGUCAGCUUAGGAAGAAGAAGAAGAAGACGAGAGGUGGUGGUGGUGGGUAAUCGAAGAAUGAGACUUUGGCCUUUCGGAUUCGGACCAGCAAAACUUGCAUUACUAUCACUCAAUCCAACUCCCCAUCAAGUAGAACUCAGACAAACUCCAGAUGGGUAAUUGUGGAACAAGAGAAGAAUCUGCAGCAGCUGCUGUUGUAACGCAUGCUCAUCAUCAAGUUCAACACCAUCUUCAAAUUCUGUCAUCAUCACUACAACCCGGAAACGGAACAAAAAACCCACUUGCAGAGAAGAAACACAAUCGUUCAAUUUCAGAUCUAAGUGAUCCAUCCACACCUCGAAUCAUUGAAGACUCUAGAAAGAACUCUAUACUUUACACCCAUGUUAUCCCUUUUACCCUUUUCGAACUAGAAACCAUUACCAAAAGCUUUCGAUCCGAUUACAUUCUUGGAGAAGGUGGAUUCGGUACUGUUUAUAAGGGUUACAUUGAUGAGAAUGUGAGAGUUGGUCUCAAAUCUCUUCCUGUUGCUGUCAAAGUCCUUAACAAAGAAGGCCUUCAGGGUCACAGAGAAUGGCUUACGGAAGUAAACUUCCUUGGACAGUUGAGACAUCAAAAUCUAGUCAAGUUGAUUGGGUAUUGCUGUGAAGAUGAUCAUAGAUUACUUGUCUAUGAGUUCAUGUUUCGUGGAAGCCUUGAGAAUCAUUUAUUCAGAAAAGCAACUUCUCCAUUAUCAUGGGAUAUAAGAAUGAUGAUUGCUCUUGGUGCUGCAAAAGGAUUAGCCUUUCUUCACAAUGCUGAAACGCCUGUUAUUUACAGGGAUUUUAAGACCUCCAAUAUAUUGUUAGACUCCGAUUAUACUGCCAAGCUUUCUGAUUUCGGCCUAGCAAAAGCCGGCCCACAAGGUGAUGAGACUCAUGUAUCCACCAGGGUUAUGGGUACUUACGGUUAUGCUGCUCCCGAAUAUGUCAUGACUGGACACCUAACCGCUAGGAGCGAUGUAUAUAGCUUUGGAGUUGUUCUUCUAGAGCUAUUGACGGGUAAGAAGUCGGUUGACAAGACAAGGCCGAACAAGGAACAAAGUUUGGUGGAUUGGGCGAGACCAAAGUUGAACGACAAGAGAAGACUCUUACAAAUAAUAGAUCCUCGGUUGGAGAAUCAAUAUUCAGUUAGGGGGGCUCAGAAAGCUUGUAGCUUGGCGUACUAUUGUCUAAGCCAAAACCCGAAAGCUAGGCCUUUAAUGAGCGAUGUGGUGGAGACCUUAGAGCCUCUACAAGGCGGAAGUGGUGGGGGUGUCCAGGCAAAUGAACCUGUGGGGGUGGGUCAGUUUGCAAUGGGAGGAGUUCCUCAUUAUAGAAUGAUGAAUAGGAGAUUUGCCGGAAAUGUUGUUGUAGCUGGUGGCGGUUGUGGGUCUCCAAACCCUAAUUGUUCUCCGGUGGGUGGCACUGCAGCGUGCCAUGUUAGGUGAAGCGAAGAAAACAGAGUCCUCUAACCCUAAUAAAGAAUGUUUGCUAUUGUUGUUGUUGCUAGUUUGUUUUCUGUAGAAUCCAUCUAUUUGCUUGCUUGUAAAUGAAGAUGAUCUCUUGUGCCUUUUUGUGAAA